AUGGAACAAGAAACUCAGCCAAUGCAAGUCGGCGAUGCGAAGUCCCCAUCUCCAAGAAUCACUGUCAGCUCCAGCAUUUCCGAGACCUCGACCAUCGCCUACGAACAGGAAUCAUUCGAAACGUUCCAACACAAAGUCGCGGACGUAGUAGCCAAACAUUUCCACUGCGACAUCUCGCAAAUCAAGGUAACAUAUCUAAAAGGUGGUGCUUAUAACCGAGUCGCAGCAGUGAGCAUUGCACAGAGGCCCAAAAGGCUUGGUCUCUCUUGGCUCAUAGGGGUAGUAGCUCAAUGCCUCGGAACUCGUCGAAAAACGCGACCACUAGGUAUCGACUCAUACAUCGUCCCCGUUCCUCGGGGAAUCGGUGAAGACGAAGAUCUCGAUGUCAACUUUGAAGUUGCUGCCCUAUUGGCGGCUGAUGCAUAUGUCCCCUUACCAACUCCAAAGGUCGUAAGCUACGACCUCACUUCCAAUAACGCCAUCGAAAAGCCGUUCAUGGUCCAGAAGCACAUUCCUGGUCAAAAUCUGUCCAUGAUGCUGGAAAAAUUGAAUUGGGAUCAAAAGAUGUGCAUGGCGAAGCGCGUUGCCGAGUUGGCCCCCAAAAUUGCCACAGUAGAGGGCCCGGCUGGCAUAAUCUCUAUCGCAACUCUCUCCUUACCCUCAGGCCCUCUACAGAUCGAGAAAUACCGUGUUCCGAAAUCCGCAGCCUUUGGAGAUAGGCCACUUGACCUGUCGAUUACCGGGCCAAGACAAGUUCGAGAGCCUAUCGACUAUCUUCUCGAGUAUUGCGAGCGAUGGCGUGAGUAUCACGUCUCAAGAGGCAAGGAUUCGUUAGAGAAACGUGGCUUUCUUGAUGGGUCAUGUGUCUUGGUUCAUGGCGAUCUAAAACCAUACAACAUCCUCGCUGAAGUCCGGAGUGAGACUGAAGUAGAGAUUACAGGCAUUAUCGAUUGGGACUCAGCAGUCAUGGCACCGGAGUUUGUGGCGUACCGUGCACCGUUUUGGCUAUGGAUCUCCCAGGAAAAGGACAUAGACUCUUAUGUGGAAGAUGAAGAGUCUAUGGCAAACUUGGCGCCAUCAACAGAUGAGGGUAAGAUGAUGAAACAAAUCUUCACCAAUUGCGUGUCCGAAAAAUACAAGCUUCACGCAUUCGCGCCAGAGUCCAUGAUCGCUAGACGUAUGUUUGAAGUCCUCCAGCAUGGCAUCUUCGGGCCUUAUCUCUACAAACAAGCAGGGGAUGUAAUUGGUGAGUGGAGCCAACUUCAUCCUGAGGAUGGUGUCCAGCCGCUGGAAAGGGUUGGACCCAGUCCUUGUAACGGCGUGGGAGAUCAUAAGACUGUCGAAGCUCUUGAACAGGAUAGCGACGGCUCCAAUGGCUUAGAAUAA